AAGUUAACGGCCCCUUUUUUGGUACUCGCCUUUCUUCUUCUUCUUCAACAGACCAACUGUUUAAUUCUCAUCAAUUCAUUUCCCUUCCUCUCUCGAUUGAUUGAAGAUUAUAAUUUAUAAGUAGAAGAAAGAAAUGGUGGAUUUUAGGGAGGAUUUGAUAAUUGAGAGCUACCAAAUCCCAUGGCUAAUUUGGAUCCAACUUCUAAUUACGAUUCUUCUCCUUCUUCUCCUCUUUUUCGGCUUCGCCGCCUUUACUUACGAGGCCCCUACUAGCUCUGCCGCCGCCGCAGCGCCGAUAUCUGCUGCAACAAACAACUCCGCCUCUCCCGAUGGAAUAAUUACGGUGGAAGACGAGAGAGCUGGAGACAGCACAGAAAGUAGUCGAGGGUCAGGCAGAGAAGAGGAGGAUGAUUCAUCUGAAAAAGAUACCACCAUGUUUCUUAGCAUUUUCCGGCAUCCAAAUCACCCUUGCAGCUAUUUUGGGCUGGCUAAACAAGCGCUUUUCAAGUGCUUCGGGUUAGAUUCUAGCUCGGAGAACUCUGUAAGUCGACAGCAUGAGAAACGCGAUUGAUAGCUCCUUUCUUCGUUCGCAUAGAAAUGUACAGCUCAAAUAUCUCACGCUAAAUUACUAGUGACCUUUUGUUCAUAACUUAUGUUGCUUCUAUCA